GCAUUCGACGCGUGAUCUAACCAGAGAUACCAGAGAGAGGGAGAGAGGGAGAGAUUUCAGUACGUCGCGUUGCACAAUUCCUUUCUUCCGAACGUUUUAGGGUUUCCGGCAUUUUAAAGGGGAGGAGGAGCUCUCGAUCCAGCCUUUGGAAAGCUCGCGCCUUUCACUCUUCUGCUAGGGUUAGGGUUCCGAUCCCGCUCCAUCGCAUGAGAUAUUGGCCGUACGAUCUGGUAUGGCCGACGGAAGCGAGAGGAGGAUGGGGAAUGCCGAGUCGGAUGGGCUCCAGUUAGGGUUUUCUCGGUGGAGGGACGGCCCGGGCGGACGAUCGGACGGUUUGGAGACGGAUAUUGCGGCGAGGGAACAUGAUGAGGGGGAGCGGUCAGGGUGGGAGCAGACGAUCGGGCGCUCCAGCUACUUUGAGCGGUAUGGGUCAGUGGCGGGCCAUAGGGAAGGGCUGCCGGAGGUUCUGGCAGAGAUCGGAUGCGGUUCGGACGGAGAAGAGAUGGCUUGUCUGGGGUCUAAGAGAGUCGAUUGCGAUUGGGAUUUCACGCACAAGAGGGCGAAAGUUCUUUUCCAUUCUGAGGCAUGCCAUUAUGCUGUUAUGGCUUCAGGUGCUGAUGCUUCCACUUCUGCUGUCGAUGGACACAAUAGUAUUUCUCAGGGUUCGUCUGUUCCAUCUGAAAAUGAGAUGGUCCUCAACCUUAGCUCAGUAUCAAAUGAUGUUGGUGGCAGAAACCCUACUGAUGCCAAUGGUGGAGAGGACGAUGAUGGAGAUGGCUCGAAUAUUUCGAAAAUUGAAGAUCUAGAGGUCAGGAUGGAUCUGACAGAUGAUUUGUUGCACAUGGUUUUCUCGUUCUUGGUCCAAAUAGAUCUUUGUCGAGCUGCGAGGGUCUGUAGACAAUGGCGAGCAGCUAGUGCACAUGAAGAUUUUUGGAGGUGUUUGAAUUUUGAAAAUCGGAAUAUCUCCUCAUUUCAGUUUGCAGAGAUGUGCCACCGGUACCCGAAUGCUACUGAGGUAAAUAUUUUGGGUGCUCCUGCUGUUGACGUGCUUGCUACGGAAGCAUUGUCAUCUCUAAGGAAUAUUGAGACCUUAAUCUUGGGUAAAGGGCAGUUGGGCGAUGCUUUUUUCCAUUCCUUAGCCGAUUGUCGAGCAUUGAACUUUUUGAGUAUUAGUGAUGCAUCUCUUGGUAGUGGUGUUCAGGAGAUACCUAUGAACCAUGACAGGUUGCGUCAUCUUCAUAUUAUAAGGUGCCGUGUGCUUCGUAUCUCAGUCAGGUGCCCAGAACUUGAAACUUUGUCGCUAAAGCGCAGUAACAUGACACAUGCAAUCCUUAAUUGUCCCCUAUUACAUGUGUUGGAUAUAGCUGCCUGCCACAAGCUCUCAGACAAUGGAAUUCGCUCAGCAGCAACAUCCUGCCCUCUACUGGCAUCGUUAGAUGUGUCCAAUUGUUCAUGUGUCAGUGAUGAAACACUACGUGAAAUAGCCCUUUCUUGUCUCUAUCUUCGUGUUCUUGAUGCAUCAUACUGUCCUAACAUCUCGCUUGAGUCUGUAAGACUGCCAAUGUUGACAGAUCUAAAGCUUCAUACGUGUGAGGGUAUAACUUCGGCUUCAAUGGCUGCUAUAUCCCAUUGUUCUAUGCUGGAGGAGUUAGUGCUCGAUUGCUGUGGCUUAUUGACUUCGGUCUCCUUGGAUCUCCCACGCUUGCAAAACAUCAGUCUUGUACAUUGCCGCAAGUAUCGCUCAUUAUUCGUUGAUUUAAAUUUGCGAAGUCCUAUGCUUUCAUCUAUAACCAUUUCUAAUUGCCCUGCACUCCACCGCAUCAACAUCACAUCAAACUCGCUUCGGAAAUUGGUGCUGCAAAAGCAGGAAAGUUUGGUAACUGUGUUAUUGCAAUGCAUUAGCUUGGAAGAAGUGGACCUUACUGAGUGUGAAUCUUUGACGAAUUCCAUUUGUGAAGUUUUUAGUGAUGGUGGAGGUUGUCCGAUGCUUAGGUCAUUGGUUCUCGACAACUGCGAUAGUUUGAUGAUGGUGGGAUUCCAUAGCACUUCUUUGGUCAGUCUCUCACUCGUUGGUUGUCGUGCAAUGACCUCUCUUGAACUUGCAUGUCCUAAUCUUGAGCAAGUUCAUUUGGAUGGUUGUGAUCAUCUUGAAAGAGCCUCCUUUUGCCCUGUCGGUCUUCGGUCACUUAAUCUGGGGAUAUGCCCCAAGUUGAGUAGCCUGCAGAUUGUAGCGCCACAAAUGUCAUGUCUGGAGCUGAAGGGUUGUGGUGUUUUGUCCCAAGCAUCCAUCAUAUGUCCUUGCCUGACAUCUCUGGAUGCUUCCUUUUGCAGCCAGCUUACGGAUGAUUGCUUGGCUGCCACAACUGCUUCAUGCCCAUAUAUCGAGUCACUAAUUUUGAUGUCAUGCCCGUCUAUUGGCCCUGAUGGGCUCUCCUCUUUGCGUCGGCUUCCAAAUUUGACCUACCUUGAUUUAUCAUACACUUUCUUGAUGAACUUGCAGCCUGUUUUUGAAUCUUGUUUGCAGUUAAAGGUUUUGAAAUUGCAGGCGUGCAAGUACCUCUCUAACUCUUCUUUGGAUUCCCUUUAUAAAGAAGGUGCACUCCCGGCACUCUGUGAGUUGGAUUUAUCAUAUGGGACCAUCUGCCAGUCUGCCAUAGAGGAGCUUCUUACUUGCUGCACACAUCUCACUCAUGUGAGCUUGAAUGGCUGCAUUAACAUGCACGACCUCAAUUGGUGUUCAAGUCGUGCAACUUUUUCUGAGUCAUCAAGCGACAACAUUUCACCUGGGUGCAUGUCUUUACCAAAUGACCACGACUUGAUUGAGCAUCCUGACCGUUUGCUUCAGAACCUCAACUGUGUCGGGUGCCAGAACAUUAAAAAAGUAGUGAUUCCUCCAAUGGCUCGCUGUUUCCAUCUGUCUUCGUUAAACCUCUCUUUGUCUGCUAAUUUGAAGGAAGUGGAUCUCGCCUGCUUUAAUCUCAGCUUUCUCAAUUUGAGCAAUUGUUGCUCCUUGGAGAUCUUAAAGCUCGAUUGUCCUAGAUUGACCAGCCUCUCCCUUCAGUCUUGCAAUAUUGCAGAAGAAGAAGUUGAAGCGGCUAUAUCACACUGCAGCAUGCUGGAAACCCUCGAUAUCCGAUUAUGCCCGAAGGUUUAUGGUGCAGGCAUGGGGAGGCUGCGGACGGUAUGCCCCAGUUUGAAGCGCAUCUUCAGUAGCCUGUCAGCUUAAUUAAUUGUAGGUGGAAUAUGGCUGCUCGAUUAGCGGGCCGCCCUUGCAGGUCAGGUUAUUUUGUGUUGUUUCCGUUACGGGUAUUUACCUUAUUGCCGCAUGCUGGAAUCAGGUUAUUGACUUUGUUCGGUAAUGCCUGUGUUGUAAAUAGCGGUUUUUCCUUCGUUAUGUUGUGGGCGCUCUUGAGAGGUGCAGUACAUCUGCUUCAGCUGUUUGUAAACGAUGAUUAUAUUAUACUAAUUUUAUUUAUAUAUUUAUUAUUAUGCA